UCUGUUCGAGUCUGAAUUCGAACAAAGUUCGCGAACUGCGCCGUCUUCGAGACAAGCCCAGCCCAUCCAGGCACAAUUGUGUUUUGUACUAUUUUGCGCACAUUUUUUUGUUUCAGCCCAGUUCUAGUACUUCCACCAGCCUCCAGUUUCCUCUCUUCCUCUGCAAGAACAAGAACACCAAACAAACAUUGAAUCAUUCCAACUCUCUCUGAUAAAGAUUUUCCAAUAUCAUGGCAUGCUGCAAAAGGGCAAAGCUUCUACUUAAUUCCUUGCGCAAUAGUUUCACUUCAAGGCCUAUUCUCAGAUCUCCAAUACGGGAUUCGUCUUCAAUAAUCUCCCAGAACCUUGGGUCUUCGAAUUCAUUUUCUAACGGAUCUAAGUUUUCUGGGUUCUCUUCAUAUUCUUCUAUCUCACAAAGACUAGGAAUUUCUGAUAAGUAUCAUUAUAAUCCGUUUUCUAAUGGUGCUAAGAGAUUUUACUAUGUCGAUCGCUACCAAGUUCACCAUUUUAGGCCGCGUGGUCUACGAAGGUGGAUCCAAAAUCCAAGGAAUGCGUUGAUUGUUGUCUUGGUUGGUUCUGGGGUUUUGAUUACUAUAUAUUUUGGUAAUUUAGAAACUGUUCCUUAUACAAAGCGAAAACAUUUUGUGCUUUUGUCUAAAGAAACGGAGAAAAGGUUGGGAGAGACUCAAUUUGAGCGACUGAAAGCAUCUUUUAAGGGAAAGAUAUUGCCUCCAAUACACCCGGAAAGCGUGAAAGUGAGACUGAUUGCCAAAGAUAUUAUUGAUUCGUUGCAAAGAGGGUUGAACCAUGAUCAAAUAUGGAGUGAUUUGGAGUAUGCAUCGCCGGAGAGUUCAUUUGGACAUGAGAGUGGUUAUGAUACAAUGGCGGCAUUGAGUGGGAGGGAAGGAGAGUCAGGGAUCAAUUGGUCGCGUGAAGAUGAGAUUCUUGAUGAUAAAUGGGUUCUGCGAAGUAGGAGGGAAAGUCAAGAGAGAGGGUUGCAAUCGACAACGUCACAUUUGAAAGGAUUGAAUUGGGAAGUUUUGGUCAUCAACGAACCUGUUGUUAAUGCUAUGUGUUUACCUGGUGGGAAGAUUGUGGUGUUUACGGGGUUGCUUGAGCAUUUUAGAAGUAAUGCCGAGAUAGCUACCAUAAUCGGACAUGAGGUUGGGCAUGCAGUGGCUCGACAUAUAGCUGAAUCAAUAACAAAAAAUUUGUGGUUUGCCAUCCUGCAAUUGAUCCUUUAUCAGUUCUUUAUGCCUGAUGUGGUCAACACAAUGUCAGCACUCCUCUUGAGGCUCCCUUUCUCUCGGAGAAUGGAGCUUGAAGCUGAUUACAUUGGGCUGUUGUUGCUUGCAUCUGCUGGCUAUGAUCCUCGAAUUGCUCCCAAAGUGUUUGAGAAAUUAGGAAAGGUUGCAGGGGAUUCAACACUGCAAGAUUAUCUCUCCACGCAUCCAUCUGGGAAGAAAAGAGCUCAGUUACUAGCUCAAGCUCAAGUAAUGGAAGAAGCACUCAUGAUUUACCGGGAAGUAAGAGCAGGACGUGGGGUUGAGGGUUUUCUUUAGGAUCGCAACGACACCACUAUGAAGCUACUCUCUCUGCUCCUGGAAGCCAGACCAGCCCGUUAACUUAUUCCUUGCAUUAAUCUUUUUUUACAAAUUUUAUUUCAGAUCAGCACUUUAAUCACCACACACUUGUGGAUUUGGGUUCUUUUCAGUCGAGUUUUCUCUUACCAUGUCUUUCUGCAGCAAGUGUAACUGUUAGUUCCAUAAAGCCAGUAAAUUUUGUGUCUUAUAUCUGUUCAUUUUUUCCUUUCUGUAAAUGAAAUUGCUAAUAUGUCUUUCUAGAACGUUGUUUGUCCUCGUUCUUUUACAUACCCUG